GAAUCGAUUGCUCUGCUCUAGAUCUGACAGCAGCGCUCUGAUUGGUCAACAAGUCCUGGCGCCAAAAUAGCAAGGAAGAAGAAGACUGGUAAACACAACAGGAGAGGUCUCUGCUCACAAUUUCAGUGUUUUCAGCAUAUACUUAAUAUAAAGCUACUACUUUCGGUCUUAUUCGGGCACACAAUGGAUACACAGUCAUAUCUACCUGUACAACCUGGGGUGGGGAUGGGGGAGAAUUUCCUGUCUCUCGACGAUAUUGUACUCUCUCAUGAGAGACUUCCCAUCCGGACAGAGUGCCGUUUUCCCCGGCUGGGAUUUCUGGAGAAGUCGAGUGACUCGCAGGACAUACCGGAGGGUACAAAGAUGGAGCUUCCGUUGUGGCUGUCCAAGGGUCUGUACGAGAAGAAGAGGAGAGUGUUGUCAGUUGAGCUUCCGAAGGUGUACAGAGAGGGCUGGAGGACGGUGUUCAACGCCGACCCAAACGUGGUGGAUCUGCAUAAGAUGGGGCCCUACUACUACGGCCUGGGGUCCCAGAUGCUGCACUUUGACAGCCCAGAGAACCCCGAGAUCGCACAGACGCUGCUGCAGACGUUCAUCGGUCGCUUCAGACGGAACAUGGACUCCUCCCAGAAUGCCUACAACGAGGACACUUCUGCGCUGGUGGAGCGUCUGGACUGCCUGGAGAAGGCUCUGUUCACGUCGGGGCAGAGCGGCCUCAACAGCUUCCAGAGCUGGGAGAAGGGCCAGGCCUCCCAACUCACCGCCUCCAGUCUGGUUCUCAACUACCGCAAGAGGAAGAUCACUGAUUUACAGCCCUGACCUGCAGCUAAAACAUACAGAGACUGGCCAGAACUUAAGUCAGUACUUCAGAGCUGCACGACGGCAGCACUGACUUUUACAUUCAUUUUCAUUUCGAUGACCCUGCAGGGUUUCCCCCAGAAAAGUUGUUUAGUCCGGUGGCAAGUGUCUUUUUUUAGAUUUUUAACCGGUUAAAAACUCGCCGUGGUUUACUUUGGUUUUUUGGAUCAACCAACUCUCUGGUAUUGUACGCAGUGUUUACACAGACUGGACUUUGGGGUCAAGUGUACUCAAAUCCAGGCCCAGGUCCCUAAUCUAAAAGCCCCCUUACUGCAUUAUAUUCCAUUAUACUUUAUUACUUUUUGAAUUAUCACCUACCUCUGGGUUUUCCAACAUACAUUGGUGCUCAAAAAUGGAUCAGAAUGCAGGAAAUGAAGUGUUUGGCACUCAAGAUUUCCUGGGGGAGGACCCUCAGUUUGAUAUGUGUCUCCCCCUCCCCCCCCAGCCAAAGGCCCAUUCUGAGGCAGGAAAAACCCUGCAGACUGAUGGCAGCAUUAAUGUAGAGCCCAGUUGUUUCUGUGAUGACAGAAUCAUGGACAGGAUCGCGAAAUUCAGAAUUUUAAAAAGCUAUAAGAUUCCAUUGGUGCCCUACAUUAAGUCGGUGCUGAAAGCUAACUGGAGAUUUGAAUAUACAACUACGUCUAAGUUUCCAACCGCGCCACCCCGCUGUAACUGUAGUUUAAUAAAUGUCUUGAAAAUACAUUACAAAAUAAUUCCCAGUGGCUGAGGCCUGGUGGGCCUCCGGGCUUACACUGGGGGAAACCCUGCCCUGUGUGGAGAAUACAUUUUAUUUAUUUUGUCCCAUUGUAUGAGUUUUAUGUAAUCUUGACAAUUUGACAGUGUGUUCUUGAUCACUUGGUGUUUUAUCACAAGUACUGAAACCGUUGAUUUAAAAAGUGGAUUUUUGAUGGAAAUUCAUUGAUCUAUGAAUAUGAAUAGUUGGUUGCUGAAAUUUGGUUGUUGAUUAAUUGUUUUAACAUGUAUUGAGUAAAGAUUCCUAACAGUU